UGGUAUAUCUAUCAACCAUGGGUUCCUCAGAAUUGGGAAACCAAGGCGAGGGCGAAGACGUUAUCGGGCGAUAUGGGAACGACCCUGAUACGACGAGGGACGAUGUCGGCCAUGAUGACAGCGAGAGCUUGGCGCUCCUUGAAAAGAAACCGUUACUGCCGAAGGAAACCAUCAACCAAAGACAACCUCAAGGCAGAUGGUACGUUCCCAAGCGCUACGAACUUUUGUUCAUGGUCUUCAUUGGAUACGGAUUACUAUACGGAAUGCGCAUCAAUGUGAGCGUUGCCAUGGCGGCUAUGACCAACGCCACGUACACUACUGUGGAUCACGAUGGAAGCGAUAACCAGUCAGUGGAAACGUGCCCUAGACCCAACAUCUCUGCUGAGUCCACGAAUGAAAACGGCGAAUUUCUGUGGACAGCACACGAGCAGGAACUUGUGAUUUCUGGCUUCUUCUGGGGCUACUCCAUCUCCCAAAUUCCGUCCGGCUGGCUAACGGAUAAGAUCGGAGGUACUCGGGUGUUCGGCUUUAGCCUGUUCAUCUCCGGAAUAUGCAGUCUUAUUGGACCCGAGGCAGCCCGAAUGGGACCGCAGUUUCUGCUCGCCGUUCGGGUUAUUUGUGGCUUCUUCGAGGGAGGCACAAUGACGAGUCUGGGAUCCAUGUUUUCACGAUGGUACCCUGGCAUUCAAAGCUCACAUGCAUUUGCUGUCGCUAUGUCAGGUGCCAAAUUUGGAACUUUCUUAGGAACGAUAAUCUCCGGACUGUUAUCAAGUACAAGUUUUCUAGGAGGGUGGCCAUCAACGUAUUAUUUCUUUGGUACUAUCGCCGUCACGUGGGCCCUCCUCUGGGCUAUUCUGAUCUAUGAGAGUCCUCAUCUUCAUCCAAGGCUCUCCAGAGAAGAGUUUCACUAUCUCUCAUCAGCUGUCAUUACAGAAAAGACCAGUAAGGUUACAAUACCACUGAAGUCCAUAUUGAUCUCAAUACCGGUCUGGGCCAUCAUCAUUUGUGCCUUCGUGGGAACAUGGUCCAACAACACCGUUUUCACCAAUCAACCUAUCUACCUAAAACACGUGCAAGGCAUGAACAUAGAACUGAUUGGUAUUCUCUCAUCCAUCCCUUUCUUAGCCGAAGGAGCAAUGCUGGUUAUUUUUAGCAAAAUAGCAACCAAGCUCAUCGAAGAUAAAAUACUCAGUGUAGUUGUCACCAGGAAACUCUUGUCGUUCAUAGGUCAAGUACUUUCUGCUCUAUCAUUCCUGCUCUUGGCAUACGCAGGAUGCAACAGCGCCCUCUCCGUCGUACUCAUGAUCAGUGCAACAGGAUUCAAUGGCAUGUCUACCAGUGGUUACUUCGUAAACCUCAUGGACAUUGCACCCAGACUUGCGGGUAGCAUCAUUGGCUUCGUCAACACCGCAUCGGCCCUAUCUGGCGCGUUGACCCCUUAUAUAAUAGGCGUUUUCACGACAAAUCAGGCUGAUCUUCAUGGCUGGCAGAAUGUAUUCUUCAUUUCUAGUGGGUUGGCCUUGCUGGCAGCCCUGGUGUUCGUUAUCUUCGGCUCCGGGGAAGAACAAGAGUGGGCAAAACCAUCGAAGGAGGACAGUGUCUGAGGAUCACAAUCAUGGAUUUUUAAUAUCUAGCGCCUAAAAGCAGUUUUCAGGAGUCUCUGUUGGGAAAUCACAACAUCUACCAAUCGCCUCCUCUAGCCCCAAGAAUAUUAAUCAGUCCUACAGUUUGGUUUUAUGAUUUUGGCCCGAAUUCAUAAAGGAGUUUUAAAUUUUAACACAUGGUUUAACGCGUCACAUUACGUCAUACCGGUGAGCUAUAGCUUUCUAGCGCAGACGAUCGUACAGAUUUUGUUGACAAGUUCAUGGUGAAACGAAGUGAAGAGAGCACGACCAAGAAACGAACGAACCAACAAUUAACCAUUUCGAGGGGCAUUCGAUGUCUGAAGACCAUGUUAAGCUGGAUUUAUACAGUAUAUUGGUAGACAUAUUCUCAGAAGUUCCCCUGUCCAAUGCGUCACGACGCGUUUACUUCGGAUACGGUGGAAAUGCCAAUUAAUACGUGUACAAAUCUCGCACGCAGUUUAGUAGUAAAUAGAUUAUGUAACCUCAUCACUGUGAUAGUAAUCUGGAUUCUUUCUACCAAUGUACAUGAACAAAUAAUAUUACAUAAGAUUUAAAUUAUAUUAAAAAAACAUCG